AAUAUAAAUUAUUUUAUAGAAAAAAAAAUAUAUAUUAAUAGUAGGAUGUCAAAGAUUCACAUUUAUUUGUUAAUUCUUAUUAUAUUUACAUAGAUAUAUUAGGCUUAAAGAAAAUGCGUAAAAAUACAUUAAAUUUAGUUUUGCAUUUUUCAUUUAUUUAAGGAUUGUGUAAUUUAAUAAAUAAAAUAUUUUUAUUUUCAUCUUAAUUAUAAAUAAUUUCUUUUCUAUAC